AUGUCUCUUGACCUGGAAAAGCAUCUAACUUUCUAUGGGGCGUACCAUCACAACACUGUCAAUAUCGGAAUUCACAUGGCAUGUGUUCCCAUCAUCCUCUUCUCUGGAUUUUGUCUCGCCACCAACACAGGAACUCUCAUUCCUCUCCCUAGCUGGCUCACUGUUCCUAACCUAGAUCUCAACCUGGGAACCUUGGCGGCACUGACCUGGGGUGGCUUGUAUGUGCUUCUUGAGCCCGUAGCUGGCACAAUUCUAGCUGUUCUCUGCUUGGCCGCCACCGCAGCUGGCAACUCUUUCAGAGUUGAGAACCCAGACUUGACGAACAAGGUCGCCAUUGGUGUUCACGUCGUCUGUUGGAUCUUCCAGUUCAUCGGACAUGGCGCGUUCGAGGGACGCGCGCCUGCCCUGCUGGACAAUCUGAUUCAGGCUGUCUUCCUUGCGCCUCUCUUCGUCUGGCUUGAAUUUCUCUUCAAGCUGGGUUACCGCCAAGAGCUCAAGGGUCGUGUCGACAAGGCCGUUGAGAAAGAGAUUGCCAAGUUCAAGGCAUCCAAGGCCAACGGAGACGCCAAGAAUGGCAAGGCCCAAUAG